GGAGAGGAGACUAGUCCCGCCUACAGGCGUGGCUCUCUCCCUCUGGUAGCUGCGGUUAGAACUAACCGAAUGUUAGAGUGGAGCAGUCCAGUAAUCUGGAGAGAGACGGAGAGAGAGAGUGAAGCAAACUAGGAUGAACAGUCAGAUGUCUCUCUAGUCUGUGAGUUUUGUCGCAGUGGAAUAGACGUGCACUUGUAUUGUCAAUGCUUGCACCGCUCAUCAUUGUAUGUGAUUAUAAACUAUCUAUUUUAGAUUUGUAAACUUGUAGCAAGAUGUCAGAAGGUGUCUGGAGGAAACGCGUCCUCUCCGCGGCUGGAGGAGCCUCGUUCACCUGCCUCGUGAUGAUGUUUCUUCUCGUCGCCGUUAUCAAACACCGGGGGACUCUCGUGGAGGAAGGUUCCACCGGGAGAGAGUUCGGGACUCGCUCCCUGCAACGUUUAAAUAGCAUGAAUAAUAAUAACCAAGCUCCAGCCGAGGAUCGGGUCGGGGAGGAAUGUCAGGCGACCCAGGUCAAGGGUUUCUCGGCGUACUUCAGUGAGUUGAGCCGGGGGAAGCGGGCGGUGGAGCACAGAGCGGUGAAGGAUCCUACACCGGCGGAGGAGCUCAGUCCGGCGGAUGUGUUCAUAGCGGUGAAAACCACCAAUAAAUAUCACCACACCAGGCUGGAUCUACUGCUGGACACAUGGAUCUCUACAAACAUGCUACAGACGUAUGUAUUCACCGACGGAGAUGAUGACAGGCUGAGGAAGAGGAUGGGGAGUCACAUGAUCAAUACGAACUGUUCAGCGGCCCACAGUCGCCAGGCUCUGUCCUGCAAAAUGGCCGUCGAAUACGACACCUUCAUCAGCUCUGGAAAGAAAUGGUUCUGCCAUGUGGAUGAUGAUAACUACGUGAACAUACGUCCCCUUUUGAAGCUCCUGUCCCUCUACAGCCACGCCCACGACGUCUACAUUGGCCGGCCUAGCCUCGACCGACCGCUAGAAGCCACCGAGAGGUUUGGCGACGCCCACACGCGUCCAGUGCGUUUCUGGUUUGCCACAGGAGGAGCAGGGUUCUGUGUUAGUCGAGGUCUCGCCCUCAAGAUGAGCCCCUGGGCCAGUGGAGGUAAUUUCAUGACAACAGCGGAUCGUAUUCGUCUCCCUGACGACUGUACGGUUGGUUACAUCAUCGAGGCGUUGCUAGGGGUGGGUCUUAUCCGCUCCCCACUGUUCCACUCUCACCUGGAGAACCUUCAGCUGGUGUCACCGACACAGAUACACCACCAGGUGACUCUGAGUUAUGGAACGGUUGACAGUAAGAGAAACAUAAUCAAUAUAAGAGGAGCGCUCUCAUUGGACAAAGACCCUACCAGAUUCAGGUCUGUCCAUUGUGUCUUAUACCCAGACACUCCGUGGUGUUCAACCCUGACCUGGUACUGAGGUACUGACCCCACCAGUCCAGAGACACAGAAAGAGGGGAGAAGACGAGAGAUGGAGCAAAGACAUGGAAGGGGGCGAUGGGCAGAGGAGAGAAGUGGAGAAGGGAGACUAGAGAUAUUGAUGAAUGGAUAGACAGAGGAGAGAACAGGAGAAACAGCCAAUAGCCUCCUUCUGUAUGGUUCCAGAAUGAUGAUGUCAUGAUACGGUGCCUUCUGACCAUAGAACGGCGUUCUCCAGCUCUCAUGUCCUGCUUGGUGUCACAGGGAUGGAGUCGGAUCCUUUGGGGUUCCUAGGGCCUCGGGGGGGGGGGGGGGCACCUCGUGGGAUGACACUGGAUCUCGCCGUCACCGGAUCCUUACGCCCUUUAACCCUUGAACUCUAACCCCUAGUCUCUCCCAGAGAGUCCUGGUGGGGGGUAGAGACGAGUGCGACGUUGUUGUUAAGUUGCUGAUUUCAGAUGCCUCUGUGUGUUCCAGCUCUAACAGAGAGCCUCUGUUUUAAGGCUGUUGUGUCGCUCCGCUUUGUAGCCUGAGUUCCAGUCUGUUUUUGUGCUGUCAUCAACUCCUUGUCACGAACUCAAUGUCACGUUUGUCUCGUCCACGACAGCGAUGUAGUUGGCAUGGUAACACAAACAGAUCUGGGACCAGGCUAUAUUUUGUGAGUAGAAGUUGUCCUUUUUUUCCCCCCCUUGGUUGCUAAGGAGAAUGGUUCUACAUCCUCUUUGGUGUUCCACAUUCCUCUUCCUGCAUCUUGGUUGCUAAGGAGAAUGGUUCUUUGGUGUUCCACAUUCCUCUUCCUGCAUCUUGGUUGCUAAGGAGAAUGGUUCUACAUCCUCUUUGGUGUUCCACAUUCCUCUUCCUGCAUCUUGGUUGCUAAGGAGAAUGGUUCUACAUCCUCUUUGGUGUUCCACAUUCCUCUUCCUGCAUCUUGGUUGCUAAGGAGAAUGGUUCUACAUCCUCUUUGGUGUUCCACAUUCCUCUUCCUGCAUCUUGGAGGCUGAAGGAGAAUGGUUCUACAUCCUCUUUGGUGUUCCACAUUCCUCUUCCUGCAUCUUGGAGGCUGAAGGAUAUACAAACUGUGUACUGUUUUUUUUUUUUUUUUUUUUUUUCUUUUCAAUUUUCUUUCCAAUAUUAACGUUUAUUGUGGAUUAAAAAAAAUAAUAAUAAUGUCAACAGACUCCGGAUCUCUACCAGACCAGUGAAGUGGUGUGUUUUACUGCUCGUUGUUAAAUAGUCGAUUGUUUAUAACUUUUCAGUAUUAUCUUGUUAUUCCAUCAGACAGCUGUCAAUCAGACCACAGUAAUAAUGACUUGGAGUUGGAUGGUGACCAAGCACUUUGCUGGGAGUUCUGAAGCACCAGGGACUGUGUACAUAAAGCAGGUCUCAGAAUCGGGCUGCUGGUCUAGGAUCAGGUGCCCUCUCUUAUUCAUUAUAAUCUAAAAGGCCAAACUGAUCCUAAAUCAGCACUCUUACUCUGACAUUCUUUAUGAAUAUGGUUCCAGGUUCCCAUUGGGAGGGGGGCUAAAAACUUUAAACCCAACAUCCUACUAUAUUGAAGACAGACUAUGCAUUUUGUUACCAUGACGAUAUAUAUCUCAUGUACAUUUGUAAACAGAGGAAUGUAGAAGGAGUAGAACGGGCCUCCCUAUUCAUGUCAAUGACGUCAUAAUGGGCAGACAGGCAGACGUUCUAGGUCUAUGUUUAGUAGUGGAAUCCUGAGGCAUGUUGGGAGGGAUCAGAGAGGUGGAAACAGAAAUAGAAUGACUAGAACAGUCUCGGAACCUUUAACCCUGGUCAUUUGACUCGUGGGUCCUCUCACAUUGGCCGCCAGUCCACCCAUCAUGCCGUCAUAAUGGACCUGUUCUAUGGGCCCGGUCCAUGGAUUGUUUUUGUAUGAGCGGAACACGUACAUGUUCUCGUGUUCUUAAUAAGUGUUCUGAUGACCUCUCUCUCUCUGUGAGGUAAUUAUUGACCCAUAAUGGGUUUCUGAUUGGUUUAUGAGAAGUGCUCCUCCUGGACUGGGCCUCUAUAGAUAAAGACCUGUUCUGUUUUGACCACUGAACAUCAUCUGCUUCAGUCAUGUGUUUUUAUGUUAUUCUUUUGAUCAGGACGGUUUCUGAUUGGGAUUUUACUGUGUUGUCGUUGUCGUUGUUGUUGUUGUCUUUGUCAUUGUUGUUGUUGGAUGUAUUCUCCAGUAUCUGGACUAUAGAAAGACAGCAGUAUCUCAAGGGAUUUGAACGCUGAAUAUAUUGCCUUUUGUCUCACCACAGUGGUUGCUAUUCUCUGUUUUUUUAAUAAAGCCUAAUAAUGCCUUA